AAAUAAAAGUUGAACAAAUACAAAUUUAUGAUGUUACUACCGUAAUAAAUAUAUGAGAAAAUUUUUUAAAAUUGUAAAUGUAAAAAGUCCUAAAAAUGAUAUUUAUUUAUGUUGUAAUUGAACUGAGCAUAUUGGAAAAAGCAAUAAUAAAAUCAUUCUAAUAAACAAUAACAAUUUAUAGCUCAAAUGAUAAUAAUAAUGUUUACAGUAUACAAACUCUAUAUAACUUAUAAUAUGUAGAUAUGUUCAUUUCACUAAAUCUUAAAUUAACAGCAACAUAUACAUUGAUUACAUAUUUAACAAAUUUACAGGUAUAACAGAAACAACAAUCAAAUGGAGUUAACAAAAUAACAUACUAUUUAAUUGCCAUUAUCUUUAAGGAUCAUUACUGCUUCAUUCAAGCUAUGCAUCUUCAAUAACAUCCGAUACUUAAUUUUGAUAAAAUAUGGAGAACAAUGCAAGUCUAUAAACCCUUUGGGGUUUUAUAAUUCAACUAAUCCAUUAACAAGAUCCACAUAACAACAAUGUCUAAUAAAUGAAUGUUCAGCUUUGAAAUUUUAAAUGCAAUUCACUGAUUACAAGAUCAUGAACAAAGCGAAGGAACCAACUAUGUAAUACACAAGAAAACUCCUUAAUAGUAUUGGAUAUUAUAAACACAAGAUACAUAUAAAGUGUAAAAUCAGCAUGGAACAGAAACAAGAAGCAUACAAUGAAGAAACAGCUGAAAAUACUGAUACUGUGGAGCAGAAGGAUAAUGAUACGACAAAUGUAUCCAAAGACAAAUCUCCUGGAUGGUAUCAAGACUUUUCUAUUGAUCAAAUAAAGAACUUAAUGAUGUUACAAUGUUUGAUGACUCAAGAUUGUGCAGAAAGGGUGGUAAAUCGUACUCAAAAAACACUUUUUUCAAUAGGAAUUAUGUCCACAUAUUUUGCUCCUGCACCAGAUGUUAUUAAAAAAUUACAAGAAUCUUCUAACUGCAGUGCAAUAGACUUUCUUAGAGAGGUCUAUAAAGUACUAACAGGGAAUUAUUUUGAAGAAGAAAGAUACAAAGACUUCUAUGAUUGCAAUGAAAGAAUAAUCUUAUCAGCUAUUGCAUUUUUGACUUUACCAGAAGCUGUCGUGGAAUUGCACAAAAGAUUACCACCCGUGACGAUACCAAAAUUACCUCCUAAACCUACAGCACCUGCACUUCCAAUGAGACAAAAGAUGGGAUCUCCAUACGAAGAAGAACUUUUUAUACGUCCAGACUGGCCAUCCUAUUAUAAUCAAUUACAAUGUUGGAAAGAAGAAUGUCAAUUAAUACCAUUACCAAAAGUAAUAUUACCUCCUAAAGAUUGUGUUUUAACGAAUUACAAUAGAACAGAAGUGAAUUCUGAAACUAGAGAAAACAGAACUGAUAAAAUAGUAAGCAUUCACCACAAUCCUGUUGCUGAAAAGAGGUCAAGACCUAAUGCUUUAAUAAGAGAAGAGCAAAACAAGAAUAGUUCUAUCAGUACAAAACAAAAGUAUGACAAUCCGGUUAAAGUAAAAGAGAAGGAUGUUGCUCAUACAUCUAGCAAUAAUCCAAUCAAAAUGAAAAGAAAUAUUAGUUCUACUAAUAAUCCUACUGCAGUAGAAGAAAAUGAUACUUCUAUGAUAGAUACAGAAGAUAGUAACAAUGAAGAAUUUAAACAAGAAAGUGACAAUGCAGUAAAUACAAGUCAGGAAGUAGUACAAGAUUCUGAAAAAUCAGUUGCCCUUGAUAUUCCGCCGCUGUAUGGUGGAAAUAGAUUGUUUGAUUUUACAAUCAAUGGAAUCUCUGAGAAAUCAGGACCAGUACAAUAUAAACUAUGCGGUGAAUAUUCAGACACGAAUAAAACGAUCAUUUACUUUGAUAAAUUAUCAUUAUUUCAAACAUAUAUUUUAGGAAUUCUACAACCACCUCAGCCAAACAAGAAAUCUUGGCUAGGUGAAAAACAUGUUCAUUAUAUAAUAUCUGGAGCCGCCGAUGAACCACCAACUUGUCCUGUAACAUAUGAAAUGACUGGUGUUGCAAAUGUAACGCCAAUUAAUAGCGAUGAAAGGUUUUUUGCUGUACUAAAGCUUGGAGAUGGACCAAAUAAAAUUUAUCCAAGUGGUAGAAAGAAUUUAUCUCGGCAUUGGCAGGAAUGGUUACAGAAUGUAGAUGAAGAGUUUCGGAAAGUAGAAAGGGAAGCAAACAAGAUGAUCAAAAAUAUAGAAGCUAUAACGAAACUGGUAUUCCCAGAACCUAUGUGUGACAGUUGUUGUUCUUGUAGACAAACUAGAAAAUCAUAUCUAAAAGCAAAGGAAACAAAAGCACCUUAUUUCGUGAUAGACACGAUAACCGAAGAUAAUAAUAAAAACAAAUCUAUUAUUGGAUCAAUGGCAAUGCAUUCUCCAGCACCAACUCCUCCAGAAUCAACAGUGAAUCUAUUAGAAGUUAUAGCUUCAGAAGAUGUCCUUACUUCGAAUCUCGUCAUAAAUGGUGUCACGAACGAAAUAGGUGAAACACAGUAUUUUAUUACCGGUAUGAAAGAUGACAUGGUACGUGUGCCACGCCGAAUUGUCCAGCGACCACCACCUCCACCGCCCAGAAACGUCCCACCAUGCGUUUGUACGAUUCAGCAAAUAUUUAACAAAGAUGUAACUCCAACGUUAAGCCAGGACAAUAUACCAUGGACGAAAGAUGAAGGUUUAUGCUUUGGAAAGAAAUUCAGGCCAUCCGAAGGUGGUGCAUAUUCUUGUAAAAAGUAUCCAGGCGACAAAUCUUGCAGAAGAAAUCCAUUUAGGGGAGAAAUAAUGAGACGAAUACAGAGAGCUGAAAGAGAAAAACGAGAAAAGGAGAGGGGUUCUUCAAAGAAGGGAAUGUACAGCAUUGCCGAUUUUAAACCGUGCGGAGAUGAACACGGUAUGGGUAUUUGCGGAGGACCUUGGGGUGCUGUACAUACUUUAACUCCAGAAGAAUUAGCAGAAGAAGAAAAAUUACGGAAAGAGAUACUAAAAGGUCCUCCGUGUGGAACGAAAGCUGGACGAGCUGUCUGCGAGGGACCAUUUGGGAAACGGGUAUCUAUAAAACCACAAAAAAGGAUAGAAAUCGAAUCUGAAAUUCCAGGGGAAGAAGAUUUAGAAGAAGAGGAAGAGAUAGAAGAGUCAGAGUCAGAGGAAGAGGAGAAAGAGCCCCCUCCUGUUAAAAAAGAAAAAGAAAAAAAACGGGACACGGAAUGUUAUACGAGUCCAGAAAUUAUAGCAGCAAAGAAAAGGAUGAUGGAAGAGAAGACUGAAAAAUUCAUCCCUGAUCCCAACUAUCCUGGCUAUGAUGAUCCAUGGAAUAUAUUUCGUACAGCACCGUCGAAGAAAGAAUCAGAAACAGAUUUUAAAAAUUUAUUAAAGCUUAGUUCUCCAAAACCGCCGUCAACGCCUGUACCGUCUAGAACAUUGAUAAGUGGAAAUGAAAAAUCUGCAUCAAAGGAUAGUUUAAAAGUUUCUGGAAAAAUUUCAAAAAAAUCUGCACGCAAAAGCGAUGGAAAAAUUACUAAAAGGAAGUCGAGGUCGAUUAGUAUUAAAAAAGAAACUCAAACUAGAGGGAAGAAAGUAUCCCAAGAGACAUUACAAAGUGAUAAAAUAGAAGAUCACAGGGUUUCAAAACCAAUAAAAAAUAAACAUGACUACAGAAAGUUAAGUACUAAAACUAUGUCCGUGAAACAUUUGAAAAAUGGAAAUAAAUUACAUCAGACAGGGAGAACGUCUAAACCAACUGUUGAAAAUACAAAAUUAAAAUCCAAACGAGAGAAGAUAGAUUCGUUCAACGAAAAAGCAAGUAACGGAUUUAAUAUUAAAGGCAAAAUAAGUAAGGAAGGAAUAUCAGACAGAUCAAAAAUAAACAGAACAAGUGCACGACGUAGUCAACUUGGUAAAAAAUCUGAACGAAAAUCAAAUAAUCCUGAGAAUAUUAAAAUUAAUAACCCAGACAGAAAAGCAUUAAAAUUAAAACGAUCAAGUCAACUCAAGUCAAGAUCAGCUUUAUCAACGAAUAUCGAGAAAAGAAAAACAAGUAAUGCGAAGAAGAAGUUUACAAAAAAAGAUAGGAAGAAAGAUGCACAAGUUUAUGAUGUGGACUCUGGUAUAAUUCGACAAAAUUAUAUACAUGGUUUAAAAAACAUGUUGAAAUCUCCUGACAUUUAUCCUCCUGAUGUUAAGCCAGUUGAUAUUCCAGCAGAACCUCCAACAAAAUGUCAACCAGAAUAUGAAUAUACAGAAACUACAGAUGAUUCUGAAAAAAGUGAUGAAGGUAUAGAUAAGCAGUUACCAAGUAAAGGUCCUUGUGGUUGGAGAACAAAAUCAGAACAAAAGUUACCAACAAAGAAAACUUUAGUUUAUCUUAGUGAACCAGACUAUCCCCCGGAAACAAUAGCAGUUCGGCCAGGGGGUAAACCAUGCCUUUGCCGCGAAAAUAGAGCAAAGAAAAAGAUACUAAUGUACAAUAUAGGAGGGCUUAUAGGUAGCAAAAAAGAUGUUAAUCAGAAAAGGCUAUUCAAGAGAAAGAAAGAUGAAGAUGACAAACAAACGCAAGUUAUAGAUGGUGUUAUUUAUUAUACUCCACCUCCAAGUCCACGUAGAAGCGACGAGUAUGUACCUGAGUAUGAUCUUUUAAAAUCUCCUUAUGACAUGUGCCUUACGCAACGUAAAGAUAAGCAACUUAAGUUUCUCGCGCAGUAUACUGGACCUAAAAUAUCAGAAACCUCGAAAAAUCAGGAUUCAUGCGGAUGUAAUGAAUACGUUGAUACGUAUGGUGUUCAACCCCUAGAUCAAUAUGGGGAAGUUCAAACAACGAAGGAGCUUGAGAAAGUUAGAGAAGAAUUAAUAAACGCGAAACCACCGGAAGAGCGUUGGAAACUAGCGCUAAACGAUGUAGGAUUGAUUGAUUAUUUUACAAGGUGCAGAGAUAGUAUUCCUUGCUGGCUAAAGUGUGUUAAAUUUAAUAAAAUGGGAUGUUCAUUGCCACAGCCGAAACUCCAAUCCAAAAGACCAGUCUGUGAAUGUAAAUAUGAAAGAAAAAUAUUAGAACACACCGAAGAAAAACAGAAAUGGAAAGAACGUGAGAAGAAAUUAAAAUCGUUGAAAAAACAACCGUAUAUGAAUGUCGCGGAUAUCUCAAAGCCAGUGGUAGCGAAUACAAAAUUAAUGAUAUCAGGUGUGAAAAGAAUUCCGAGAGAAAAUGAAUAUAUAGAUGAUAUUAAGUAUUGUAUAACCGGUGUUGCUGAGAAUUACUCUGAAUCGCUACCUACACAAGUAGUAGAUGGUCUACACAUGUCUACACCAGCUGAAACGCCUGAACCAAGUGAAGAGAAAUUACCGUGUGUUUGUUCGCAUAAGCAUUGGUCAGCUAUGAAUAUACCCCCUGGGCCAUUGCCAAAACCAGAAGAAAUUAUACUUGGUGAUAAAAAACGUAGACAGGAAGCUGUAAUAAAAGCAUUCAGACAGAUUUAUGCCCCUCAAAAGGUAUAUGAUACACACGAUGGUCACAGUUGUCAAGAACCUUGUAUGCCAGAUUCUGGUUCAGAAAAUAAUGAGAUUAUAAAUGAAAAUGUACGAAAUAGUAGUGUUAAAACAUCAUAUUCAGAGAAAAUUAUGUCAAUUAAUAGUAAAUCAACGAAUCAAAAAGGACAACGUAAACAAUUAAGUAACAAACAACAACAGCAGCAGCAGCAACAGCAGAUGAAAUUGAAUAGUAGUAUUGUGAGAAAGAAAUCAGAUACUAAAAAUCCAAUAGCACAAGGAACCACCGAAAAUCCAAUAAAAAGCUCAUAUAAAGGAAAUAGAAAUAUUGAAAAUGAAGGAAGCAAUAUUAAAAAUCCAUUAGCACAAGGAAAUCCACCAAGGAGCUCGUAUAAAGGAAAUAGAAAUGUUGAAAAUGAAACAAGCAAUCUAAAAAACCUACGAAAUACACAAUCGUAUGAAAAAAGAAAUGUUAAUCCCCAGUUACAAAAUGAAUCUCCUAAUUUACGUACCGAAAAUGUAAAUAUUUCUGAUGAAAAUAUUGAAGAAGAUUAUUUUGAUACUGACGAUCAUUUUAUGAUUAUAGCCCAGAUCGAAUUAAAGAAAAUGGCAACAGAAGGAUUUCUAUUUGCAAAAUUACCAAAAUGUUUCUUUAUGCCACAAUUACAAUACUGGUUAAUGUAUAGGAAAGGAUUUGUUCUUAAUGAUGCAGAUAGAACAAAAUCAGUGAAUGAGAGUAUUGACUUGUGGAAUGUGCUAGAUGUAGAAAAAUCACAUAAAAUUAAAACACCUCCCUUAGAUCUGACAGAAUAUGAAAUUACAAAUUUAACUUUUGACAAUGCAAAAGCAAUGAAAGAAAAGAUCGCAAUGAAAAAAGCUAUAUUUUAUAGCCAAGUUCGUAAAAAUCGUGUUUUAUACGCGCGCACAAUGUGGAAUACGAUGGAGUAUGGAAAGUUUCCUUCGACAUCGUUUAAACAAGCAUAUUUUACUUAUAUGGCUAGUUAAGAAGCCGA